GGCCGCGCUCACCUGAGCGCCCGCGCUCGCUUCAGGUUCGUCGGUCCGUCUCCCGCCCGGGGCGGCACGUGUUCAAUUGCUACUUUUAAAAUUGUAUUCCCCCCGAGAAGCAGGACGGGCCUUUUUUCUCCUUAAGAUCUGACCCUAGUUCCUUGCCCCCGCCUCCCAGCCAACUCCCACCUUCCGUAGAGGGGAAGCGGGCUGGCAGCCGCCGUACCUGGAGCCCUCUGCCCGGAGAGGAACGCGCCGCGCCGCCCCGGCCCCACGGCACCGAUACUGGCACCGACCGCCGAGCAGGACAUAGACUUUGGCUAUAUUUUUCACAACUGCUCGAAUCAAGAAACCUUAACGGAUGCCUGUGCCACCACCGCCACCUCCUCCUCCGCCGCCACCGCCUCCACCACCUUCUGGAGGGCCCCCUCCACCUCCACCUCUGGCAAGUUCAGAGUUACCUAAACUGCGAAAGGAAGACCAAAAAGCACGAAAUGCCCUCUUGGCUGAUAUCCAGCAGGGAACGCGCCUGAGGAAAGUGACUCAAAUCAACGACCGCAGUGCACCACAGAUUGAAAAGCCCAAAGGAGGUAACAGAGAUGGUGUUAAUCCAGCUGUUAAUAAAGGCAGCUCCCAGCAGCCUCUGGGAGGCUUAUUUGCUGGUGGCUUUCCUGUUCUCAGACCAGCAGGCCAGAGGGACAUGGCAGGAGCGAGGCCAGGGCAGCUUCCCGGCGUGCGGGCAGCGGCCCCCCGGACCUCCGUCCCGGCGAACGGCGGCAGCACAAAGGCGGGCGGCAGCCCCUCGCCGCCAGCCGAAGGCCCCCGGGCCGCCAUCCCUCCGGAGCCGCCCGGCAGCUGCCGCGCCGGGGCCGGCCCCAGCCGCCCCAGCCUGCCCGCGCCGCCGCCGCCGCCGCCCGCCUCCGCCAAACCCGCGCUCACCUUCCCGCCGCCGCCCCCUCUCCCGCCGCCCGCCGACUGCCCUCCCAGGGGGGUGUCCCCGGGCGCCGCCGCCCCGGUCCCGCUCCCUCCACCUCAGGCCGACAAACCCAAGUUUCCGGCGGGGCCCCCGCCGCCGCCCCCGUUGCCCCCGCUGCCCCCCUGCGGGUUCCCGGGCAAGACACCCGACUCGGCCGCCACCGCCGCCCCCCUGCCCUCCGAGGGCAGGGACUGCCCGCCCCCCGCGCCGCCCCCGCUGCCCCCCAGCAGGCUCUCCUUCCCGCCUGCCCUCGGCACCGCUGACGUGCCCCCUCCGCUGCCCCCCAAGUCCCCGCACCUGCUGUCGCAGCUCCACAAGCCCAGCAACAUCCAGUCCCUGCCGCUGCCGCCCACCCCCGGCCUCCCGCAGCCCGCAGCGCUGGCCGACACCAGGAAGAAGAGGCCGGGCCGAGGCGCAGGCCCCGGUGCCGGGAAGCAGCUCACGCCGCCACAGCCGCCAGCCAGAUCACCAACAACCGAGCUGACGAGCAAGUCUGGAGUCUCAGCCUGGGCCCAUGACCCCCACCCACCGUUUAAGAAUGGGAAUAUGCACAUCAUUGAUGACUUUGAAUCUAAAUUUACUUUCCAUUCUGUGGAGGAUUUCCCCCCACCUGAUGAAUUCAAGCCAUUUCACAAAACAUAUCCCAGCAAGAUAGCUAGAGAUCCCUCUAGAAACCCUCCGUUAAGAACACAUGUGAGAUGAGAAGAGUCUCCUGGUGCUCUCUGGAUUAGUAUUAAGGAACAUCAUCAAGAGAACAUACACAACAUGAGGGUCCCUAUUACAGUGAUAGGCAUUAUAUUUGAAUUGCAAGUACUGCAAUGUUCACAUUUCUGUAAAUGGGAGAAGAGCUGUACAUGAGACCUUUUGAACUGGCCCUCGUACUACAGGGACGUUAGUAUGGGCUUUUAAAUUAUUGUAUAUAGGUGGGUAUUUUUUAAGUAAAGCAGCAUACAAUUUAAAUUCUUUGUAUUGUUGAAACAAUUCUCUUUCUUAUCACAUGUUACCUCAGGAUACUUUUUAUGCAUUAUAUGCCUGUCGUUCAUUUUUGCCUUUCCACCAUCAUUUUAAAGUAUUUUGGAAAUUCUCUAGUUGUUAUUCAGAUGUUUUUCAAUGAACAAUCAGAAACUAAUGUGCUACCUUUAGUCUUCCUGUGUUUCUUCACUUUGUGUUCUGCCUGUCCUCAGACAGCAGCAGAAUGUCACUUUCAUGAAUAGGCGGGCCCACAACCCUUCUCAAGCAUGAAGCUGGAAGGAGAUGAUAAGCUGCUGUGGCUGCUGUUGAGCCUACAUCCUAUUGACUACAGACCCUUAUAGGUUAGUCUUAAGAAGCCCAGCUGGGUAGGGUGGUCAAGGACUUGACUAAGACAACCGACCUUUUCCAAAUGAGAGGAAAACAAAGUUGUUCUGCUCUGAGCAAAAAAAAGAAAAAUAGCAUAUGUGAAUACAGCAGCCAUGCAGUGUGUGUGUGUGUGGGCACAAGGCCUGGCUUUCCUGCUGCCAAAGUGGGUAUUUACCAUCUGUGUGACAGUGUUAUUACCUAGCAAUGAGGAGGCCUUUGGAUGAGGGGUCCCAUACCUACAUUUUAAUCAGGCAACUAGAGCUACUAUUGUUCACUCACAGCAGCAGUGAGGGCUCCAUUCUCCAGAAUAUACUACAUGGGACAAGCAAUCCCCAAAGUUGAAAACAGUAACAACCUAUCAGUAGACAAGCCUCGAGCUUCUGCUUUUAAUAGGGGAACUGAGCUAAGGUCUUUGGAUCACACAUGUUUAGAUCUGGUCAUAUCUGUUUCCAGCAAAAAUUAUUAUCCUUAAUCUUGUGCAUUUGAGUGCAUUAAUAGCAGUGUUACCAGCCAGUCAAGGGACAUGAUCCUUUCCCUCUGCUCAGCACUGAUGAGGCCCCUCAUGACAAAGGGGACAUUGAGGUGCUGGAGUGUAUCCAGAGAUAGGCAACGAAGCUCGUGAGGGGUCUGGAGCACAAGCCUGAAGAGGAGUGGCUGAGGGAGCUGAUGAUGUUUAGCCUGGAGGAGGCUGAGAGGAGACAUGAUCACUCUUUACAACUACCUGAAAGGGGAUUGUAGUGACGUGGGGGGUCAGUCUCUUCUCACAAGUAGCAAGCGAUAGGACAAGAGGAAAUGGCCUCAAGUUCCACUGCAGGACAUUUGGAUCGGAGAUUAGGAAGACCUUCACUGAAAGGGUUGUCAAGCACUGGAACAGGCCCAGGGUAGGGCUUGAAUCACCAUCCCUGCAGGUACCUGAGACACAUAAAUGUAGUGCUUAGGGACAUAGUUUAGUGGUGGGCUGGGCCAUGCUGUGUUCUUUUCCAGCCUACAUGAUUCUGUGAUUCACCAGCUUGAAAAAGUGCUCUGCUGUUGCAGGGUAACAGCCAGGUUAGCUGGUGCUAACAGCCAGGUUAGCUGGCGCUAACAGCCAGGUUAGCUGGCGCUAACAGCCAGGCUCUCUACAGUUAGGGAAUUCAUUUAUAUAAGUGCCAUAAAUUCCCCCCGGCUGCAGUGACACUACAGAUCAGAGGUGAAGAUCCUUCCCCAUGGCCUACCUUGGAAUGAAAUGAAACUGUUUCGAAAACACAGGUAACUGUAUCUUUGUGUAUCUCUGCUUUUCUCUUAGUUCUUGCAACACCUCAGUUACGCUGUAACUCCUACUGCCACAGCUAUGCAUGCCCAUGGUAGGAGAUGCUGUAAGCCUAAGCAGAUCUUCACCUCUAGGGCUCUCAGAAAGCAUCAGUAGUCCUUUCCUAGCCUAUUACGGUACCUUGCUGUGCAGUGCAUAUGAAGAAGAAAAAAAGUGAUGCUCUGAGCAAUACUUUAUCGCUGUCAUUAUUCUAGUUACUUGAUAAACAUGCAUGAAUGUAGUAAAUAAGCAGGAGUCAGUAUAUACAUUGCUUCU